AUGGAGAAAAGUAGUAGGUUUUCAGUCAAUAGGUUGUCAGUUGGUGGGUCUUUGGUCAAUAGGUUGUUGGUCAGGACUUCAACUAGUUGGUUUUUACUAGUAGUUAGUGGGUCUUCAGUUAGUAGGUCUUUAGGUAUUAGAUCUUUGGUUAGAUCAUUAGGUGGAGGAUCUUCAGUUAAUAGAACAUCAGUUGGAAAUAACAUUUCAGGUUAUGAUUUAACUUUUAAAAGAAAAACAUUUAAUAUGAAUGAUACUAAUAAUAACAAAAGACAAGGCUACACCCAACUUGUACUUGCAAACAAAUUUAAAAUUGGCGAAUCAACAAUCUCAAAAAUACUCAAAAAACAAGAUUAUUUUCUUUCAAUUGAUCCUAAUUCAACACAAGCAAAAUCUAAGCGAAAUCACUCAACUAA